GCCUUUACACUGGGACUCCGGAAGCGGGUUCUUCUCUGUACAGCAUUUGGCUGCAAAGCUAGAUCUACAUAAAUGCUGGCCCGAGGGAGACCUAUAGCAGAUGUGUCCUUUGGACUGGAUGAUCACAAUAGCUGUAUGAUCAAAAUGGUGACAGGGGAAAAAAGCAAUGACUCGCUGGGCUCGUGCCAAUAAUGUUCACAGAAAGAAGCCCCUCGAAGCUACACCAUGGGCCCAGAUGAAACACGGUUGUGGUAAUGGUCCACAUGCUGCAAAGUCAAAAAAGAGACCAGAUCAAGAGUGGCCGCCAAACAAAAGAGGUGGUAACAAGGCAGAAACCUUUAAACCCAAAGAAAGUGACUGGUAUCACAAGAAAGAAGAGUAUCAGAGUGAGGAUGUCAAUGGGUUCAUGGAUUAUCUGAAGGAGACUGGUCAGGUUCUCCACAGGGGAACAGUGAUACCUGCCGUCAGUGAAACAGUAGCGAUUGACCCGGCACUUGCUCUGAAAAAGGACCAGAGACGAGAGGACAGAAGGCUGAAGAGGCAGGUUCAGAAGAAAAAUGCCAUGAUAUGUUUCCACUGCAGAAAACCUGGGCAUGGGAUGGGAGAUUGCCCAGAAAUGGACAUGGGAGAACAAGAGGUGGCUAGUGGUAUAUGUUAUCGAUGUGGCUCCACAGAACAUGAGAUUCUGAAGUGCAGAGCAAAAAUUGAUCCUGCUCUAGGAGAAUUUCCAUUUGCUAAAUGUUUUGUCUGUGGAGAAGUAGGACAUCUCUCGAGAUCCUGCCCGGACAACCCAAAGGGACUUUAUGCAGAAGGACGGUGUUGCAAGCUAUGUGGCUCAGUGGAGCAUUUUCAGAAAGACUGCCCAGAGCAUCAGAACACAAGUGACAGUGUUUUAACCGUUGGCCGAUGGAGGAAAGGAAUGAGUGCUGAUUACCAAGAAAUCCCAGUGUCUUCGAAAGCUCAAAAAGCAAAACGUAAAGCGCCAAAGAUUGUUGUGUUUUAGAAAUAACCUUUGAGGAUCGACCUUCAAGAUUGCCUUUAAGUCACCUAAAAGAACAUUUGUCCCCUUGAUUUACGAAUCAGAAUAUUCUGUUCAGUUUCUGUAUCCUAAAAAGCUCUUUUGUACCAGCAGGUGGAGCCAUUAUGUACCAAAUCCUGGACAAUCUCAUUUUAGACUGAAUUUGUAAAUGUAUUUCAAAUAAUAAAUGGGCGUGUGUGUCUGCCUUGGGAUGAUAUUCAUUCCACGCAAGUUAUUCCUAAACUGCAGCAGCAGACAAUAGAAAACAUGGUGUUGUACUCUGGGUUUUACACAAAAUUAUGAUCUCACAGUUCACCAUUGAAAAUCACUGGUUUGUUUCAUGGUAUUUGACAAAUCAGGAACCUCCUACAUGCAAGUGUUUUGGCUGGUAGUUUACAGGAUCUGUCUGCACCUCCAAAUCUCAAUGAUCUAGGCUGGACACCCAUCAACAGGGCUUUGGAUUAAUUCAGAGUUGUAUGUCUUUGCCAGGUAUUUCACCUUGGAGCCGGUUCAAGUCCAGGGAGACUUUGCUUCCUCCUCCAAGAAAAGAUAUUAUUUAAACAUGGUACUCAUUUUAUAAUAAUAAAUAAUAAUCCUUGCAUUUGAUAUAGCACCUUUCACAUCUUCUAGACGUCUCAAAACGCUUCACAGAAUAUACUGUAAAGUGAAUUGACCGUAUAUCUGUGGGUGAAACAUAGCUGUCAAUUGCGCUUAGCAGUGUCCCACAAACAAUCGUGGAUUGAAGUGACCAAUUUAUUAUUGUUUUCUUGAGGGACUGGUUUUACAUCAGUCUCCGGAGGGGAAACACAGAAUUUUCUGAUCUCCAGUUUGGUAUUCAACCAACUGAGUCACCUGGGUGAUGUGUCUCACAUGUGUUAGCGACCUGUAACAAAGUCUUUCUUAAGGUUAUUUUGAUGCUCAUAUGAUGCAAAUUGAGUGUACUCGGUCCUGUUCAAACGCUGAAUAGAGUUAGUUAAGCAUUGCUGUGAAAACACAAACACCCAGAGUUUCAAGGCUUACAUAUAUUCAAAGCACUCAAGUUGCUUGUUAAUAUAGUCACAGUCUCAUUAUAUACUCAAUUUGCUCUGGAAAAUAGAUCAUAAGGUUAUAAUUUGAUUUCCCUGCUGUCUACACUGAAAGCUAAAGGUGCUUGAAUCAGAACAAAUCCAGCACUGACAUCUUCUCAUGGUAUAUAGGAAGUGUGGGGCAAGGCUUAUUCUGAUCUGAGCAUGUCACCCAUCAGUUUCAUAGCUAUUGAACAAUUGUAUUCAAAACUAUUGCAAAUUUACAGCAUCUGAAUUUAUAUGAUCUUAAAUGCCUGAAGAAUAUUGUUAAAAUUAUGAACAUUGUAUAACCUUUAUACAUAUAUUACCAAUCUAUACUGUAUUUUAUUCUGCAAAACACUGCAAAUUACUGAAUAAAUGAAAGUUAUUGAAAUGCACCUUAAUGCACAAA